CAGACGCCGAGGCCCCGCGGAGAGAAGGCAAGGCGGCGGGCGCCGCGUCGGCGCUGAGGAGGGGCCGGAGAGGGUUGGAGGCUGGAAGUUUCUUAAUAGUAGGGACCAGUUGUCUCAUUUUUGUGUCUCCAGCUUUAUCCAUAGUUCAGUGCCUGAUGAGGAAAAAAGCAUAUCUUCUGUACAUAGAGAAAACAGAUUGUACAGACCUGAAUAUUAUCCCCAGGAUCUGAAGACUCAAAAUUGCUCUUCAGGCUUAUUUUGGAUUUUUCUGAGAAGACUCUGUGAAAUUAUGUGAAUAGAGACUAUUUUUCAAAGCCAUGGGGGAAAGAGAAAGAAGUCCAGCUACUGAUCGAGAAAGUAAGACAAGCAGACACGAUUACUGUUCAUCUGAAUUUGGAACUACUCCCCAGUCUUCUGGCCGGUCGUCGCUGGUGCAUCCCUCCCCACCUGCAAGUGUUAAGGGAAGACAUCCUAAGAAACAAAUUUCAGAGAGCCAAGUGCAUCAUCACGCCCUUAGGAAACCAAGCCCUAAGGGUUCACCAAACAGAAAGGGAGUCCGAGCAGGAUUUCGCUCCCAGAGCCUCAAUAGGGAGCCCCUUCGGAAAGAUCCUGAUCUUGUUACAAAACGGGUUCUUUAUGCAAGACUGCUAAAAAUCAAUGAAUUGCAGAACGAAGUAACUGAACUCCAGGUCAAGUUAGCCGAGCUGCUAAAAGAAAAUAAGGCUUUGAAAAGGCUUCAGUACAGGCAGGAGAAAGCCCUGAAUAAGUUUGAAGACACAGAAAAUGAAAUCUCUCAACUUAUUGCUCGUCAUAACAAUGAGAUUACAGCACUCAAAGACCGCUUAAGAAAAUCUCAAGAGAAAGAACGGGCAGCUGAAAAAAGGGUGAAAGAGACAGAAGGUGAACUGCUUAGGACAAAAGUUUCCUUACAGAAACUGAAAAAGAUCUCUGAAGCUAAACACCUACCUGAACGAGAUGAUUUAGCAAAGAAACUCUCUUCUGCAGAGUUAAAAUUAGAUGACACUGAGAGAAGAAUUAAGCAACUAUCAAGAAACCUUGAGCUAAGUAGUAACAGUUUCCAACGACAGUUGCUUGCUGAAAGGAAAAGGGCAUGUGAGGCUCAUGAUGAAAAUAAACUUCUUCAAAAAGAACUACAAGGACUAUAUGACAAAUUAAAGGAAAAGGAGAGAGAACUGGACAUAAAAAACAUAUAUUCUAAUCAUCUGCCAAAGACUUCUCCAAAGAGAGAAAAAGAAUUUACAUCAAGAAAAAAUGCUGCAUGCCAGAGUGAUUUUACAAACCAGUGUACAAAAGGAGUACAAACCAGUGAAGACUUCAAGCUGGAGGAAUAUCCUAUAACACCACAGACAGUUAUGUGUUAUGAAAACAAAAGGGAAGAACCCGAACGUCUUUCUUUGGAUCUGGAAUCACAAGAGAGAGAUAAUCUUGGAGAAGCUGGGAUCCUAAACCCAACUGUGGAAAGAGAAGACAAAUUUGCUAAAGAUCAAGGACUCCGUGUUGUGAAACAGGAUGUUGAGAAGCUGGAGAAUGGGUGGGAAAGAGAAGAACUUUCUAAAAAGCCAAAGGAAAAGACAUCUUUGUUGGAGAGACAAGGAAAGCCAGUGUUGGAAACUGGAAGAUACCAAGUGGAAAUGUACCAAGUUCAGAAAAUUGAUAAACUGGAAGAAGAGGAAGAAGAAAGGCUAAAGAGAGAAAUACUACUUGCUAAACUGAAUGAAAUCAACAGAGAACAAGACUCUCAGAAUGUAAAAUAUCCUUCUCUGCCAUUGCUUCCUGACUUGAAGCCAAAACUGCAUUCCCCAAAGAGAAACCCCAGAACACACAUGUCCUCCGGAUCCUCAGAGAGAUUAUUUAACGGGCAUCAUUUGCAAGACCUCAAUCUUUCAACAACGAAAGGAGAUGGUCAGAAUCCAGGCCACUCUCGAAGCCCAGCCUCUCCAGAUGAGCUUGUGUUCGGUAGCUAUGUGCCUUCGUUUGCAAAAACAUCAGCGAGGUCAAAUCCAGUUAGCCAAAAAAGUGACCUUUUGGAUUUCUCAGGAAAUAAUACAGAGAAAUUUAGUAAAGACAGUAUAGAUUCAAUUACCAGACAAAAAAGAAAAGCCACCCUGAUGGAACAGCUGUUUGGUACCAGUGGUAGCAGCAGCCUUUCCUCUAAAAGCAGUGACCCAAAUUCUCUGGCUGUCACUAAAGAAGACUGUGACCCUCUAAAUUUUCUCCCUGGGGAUAAAAACAGCCGGGGUAGGGAACAUAGUGAUGAUGAUGACUUUUUCCUCAGCGAAGGAAGAAGUUUUAAUCCUAGUAGACACCGAUUAAGACAUGCAAACAGUAAACCAACAGUAAAAGUAGUUGAUUCUGCAGAAGAUGAAAUUGAAGAAGUAGUGCUGAGAUGACUGACUAGAAUGUUUUUUUCCAAUUGUAAUUAUUAGGAUAUUUUAAUACAGUAUUUAUUAUGAACAUUUAGGCUUUCUAAUAUUAAAAAGUCCUCAUUAGGGAUAAUUUUUAGUAUAUAAAUACAGUGAAAAGUAGCUGAUACCACUAGUAGCUACACACAUGUAGCUAGUUUGCCAAUAAGGAAGGAGGCUCUUUUGAAUGAAACCAGAAAUAGAGAUGUAUCUUACUUUCUUUGUCCAAAUAGAGAUGUAUCUCACUUCCUUUUUGCAAAUAGGUUUUACCUCUUGAAUCAACUCUAUGAGGAGUUUUACUCCAUCGGCAUACACAUUCAUUUUCUGUUUUAUCCCUAUUAUUAUUGAUCCUAUCCUCACUGAGCUAAGUACAGUUUUCCUGCUGAUGGUUGUGUGGAAAUGGAGAGAUGCUGUAGGGAGCUGGUGCUACUAGGAACCUCUCCACUGUGACGAAGAGUGAAGGGGGUCCCUUUCUUAUACGCCAAGACUGAGCUACUCUUAAGUGGAAACAGUGACAACAUGGGAAUUUCCCAUUCUUCUGGAGGUAACCACAGUUAAAUGGUACUCAUUUCUCAGUGACAGAGUCUCAUUAUCACUUACCUACAGCUGUGCUAACUCAUUAGGCUGAAUUCGGAAGACGUCUUUCUGUUGGCACGAACGACGCCCUCCCUGUCCUGGCUUCCAGAGGCUCCGGUGCAGUGUAAUCGGUAAUUCCUCUCCUUGAACUCCUAAUGCUAUCUGUGUCUCAGUGACUGGUUGUGAGAGGUCAUACCAAAUGCAUAGAAUGGAAGAAAUUUCACUCCACUGGAGCGAGAUUUGCAACUCAAUUAUGAUUCCAGAGUAACGUAACUUGGAAAUUUCGGUAUGUACUUUAAGAUUUGAACUUACUGUCAAACCAAAGAGACAAUGAUCAUGUGAUACCAUUGGACUUAAGAGGACUAGUUUUAAAGCAGCCUUGGUGAAAAGUGCUUUACAGAUGGAGCUCCUCCCUUGCUGAGUAGGGUGGAAGAUGUUUCUGCACAGUGUGUCCUUCUGCACAGAAACAUCUUCCACCCUACUCAGCAAGGGAGGAGCUCCAUCUGUAAAGCACUUUUCACCAAGGCUGCUUUAAAACUAGUCCUCUUAAGUCCAAUGGUAUCACAUGAUCAUUGUCUGCAGCUGCAGAGGAGUCAGGGACCUUGGAUUAUGCUGGGCAUGAUUGGUCACUAAGAAGCAGAAAUAUACCAGCGGCCUAGGAGAAAGCGCAGUGCAAAUGAAGAGUGGUGGGAACAAGUGUAUCAGGGCAAGAAUAAGUGGUGAUUGGCACUUGUUCUAAAAUGAACUGUUGUUUUCUAGAAUUUGCUACAUAUUUGUUCAUAGUAGGAUUUCUGAUGCCAGGCAUACAUACUGAUCAGGGGAUUAGAGUUACUAUCUUGAGUUCAUAUAAAUGCUUAUUAUUGAAUAUAAUUUCAUAAUUAUCUGACAAGACUUACUGGUUAGGUCUCUAAUUACAAGAUGUACUACCUACAUCUUCUAAAUUGUGUUCCUGUUACUUACUAGGAACCAAAUCUCUCAAAAGUGCUAAACUAUAUCAAAUUUUUUUAUAAAGAGAUUUUUGGAUUGAUAUAAAUAAGCAUUUACUACAUUAUAAAUCAUUCUAAUAUAUGUAAACCACAAUAUUUUUGUAAUGCAGGUCUUGAUAAAAUAUUAUGUAAUGUUAAUGUUUUUCAUAGCUGCUAAUUUUUCAGCCAAAAGUAUUCUCAUUUUUAGGCUGUUUUUGUAUUAAAGGCUCUUUUCUUUCAAAAGUCCUUUAGUAAAGUUUUAAAUUCAGGUCAUUUUAAUUAGUCUCUUUUUUCUACUUGAUGUUUUCCAGUCUUUUUAACUAGAUGUAAUAAGGCAGAAUUGUUAAAAUUAAAUCUAAAAUUAAGUUAUAGACUUGAAGCAUUAUGGAGUUAAGCAUUAAAAUUGGAGAUUAAAGUGUACAGAACGAGUUUUUCUUUAUGAACAAACCUUAAUGGAUAACUUUUUUUUCUAAAUGUCAAGUUAAAUUUAUUUGUACUCCAAACUAUUGCUAAUAAAAAUUUAAAAUAUG